UCAUGCCAGCAGUACGUCAUCGGAAAAAGAGGACAGGAAUGGAUGCAAUGUUUCUCUGGGCUGUUUCUGGAUAGACUGGCGGCGCUUCACUGUCUCUGACUGAAAGCACAGGAGCUGGACAUGCCCAGGUUUAUCUGUCAUGGACACACAUGUGAUACCUAAAUUUUCCUCUAAAGAUGAGGAGAUCAACUUCUGGAAAGCGCUCUCCCUAAAGUACAAGAAAAGCUGUAAGGAGGCACAGGAGGAGCUGCUGGAGUUCCAGGAGGGCAGCCGUGAGCUGGAGGCCGAGCUGGAGACUCAGCUGGGCCAGGCCGAACAUCGCCUCAGAGACCUGCAAGCAGACAACCAAAGACUGCAGCAUGAGCUGGACACCCUAAAGGAGAAGCUGGAGCAGCAGUAUGCUCAGAGCUAUAAGCAGAUCUCUGUGCUGGAGGAUGACUUGGGCCAGACCCGGAGCAUUAAGGAGCAACUGCACAAAUACGUCAGAGAGCUGGAGCAGGCCAACGAUGACCUAGAGAGAGCUAAGAGGGCUACUAUUACCUCUCUGGAGGAUUUUGAGCAGAGACUGAAUCAGGCCAUAGAGAGGAACGCCUUUCUGGAGAGUGAACUGGAUGAGAAAGAGUCUCUCCUGGUGUCUGUGCAGAGAUUAAAGGACGAGGCUAGAGACCUGAGGCAGGAGUUAGCUGUGCGGGAGAGGCAGCCUGAGGUCACCCGGAUGUCUGCUCCCAGCUCUCCCACUCCAGACAAUGAGAAAACCGACUCUGCUGUGCAGGCAUCGCUCUCAUUACCUGCUACACCACUUAGCCAGAGCCUGGACAAUGCCUUCAACAACCAGAAAGCAUUGGCCAAUGGCUGUAAUAAUUCGGCCCUCACUCCGGCUGCCAGAAUAUCAGCUCUCAAUAUAGUAGGUGAUUUACUACGCAAAGUUGGGGCAUUAGAGUCUAAACUCGCUGCUUGUAGAAACUUUGCUAAAGAUCAGGCAGCUAGAAAGAACUACGUCAUCAACGCGAAUGGAAACCUGAUUAACGGGGACUUUACACAGUAUUCCCACUCACUGCACACAUCGUACUUUGACAAAGCGAGGACGGUAAAUGGGCUGGACCCUGGAGCCGUAACCAACAACACUCCACCGUGUGCCAGCUCUCCAUCCGGCCUCGUCCCAUUCAGCGUGUGAUCCAGCUGCUCACGUGCACUAAAACGAAGUUCCCUCAGUCUCCUGCACACCGACAAAUCUUCCAGAACACUAAUAAGAUCCAUUAGACCACACUACCCACCGUGUCCAGUGGUAUCUCGAUCUGUAGUUGUGUGUCCAGUGCGCGGCAGCUCUUUCGGCUGCAGUUGGGCCGCAGCAGGGUUAGCUAUGCAACCGGUGGCGGUCUACCAGUAGCACCACUAUCUGUACGUCUAUAACUGUGUGUUUUAUCUGGACAGGGUCUGGACUAAUGCAGUCUCUCUUGUAGGACUGUAGGUACUGUAUAUGUUAAUAGUUUCUCAUGUGUUUGUACAUUUAAUAUUGGUUAAAUGUUUGUAUAUAGGUAAGAGCUGGUAAGUGUAUUGAUAUUUAACUGACCCCUCUGUAUUAUUCACUUUUCACACUUUCUUUUUUUCAGUAGAAAUGGAAAAUGUAUUCUGAAAAAUGUAUGUAUUUAUUGGUUAACCUGUGGAAGAAGCUAUUUGUGAUACUCACAAAGGGAAUCCAGUCACAUUUUAGAGUAUCCUGUACACUAAGAGUUUAUGCUAUGGAUUUAAGGGUUAGUGAGGAAAGCAAACUUGGCUUCAUCUCAAAUUAAAUCAAUACUAGACGUUCACACUGCAGGGGAAAGUGGCCAAAAUCCAACUUUCUCACUGAAUCUAAUGUUUAUUUCUAGGCUUUUUACAUCAUUCUAUCAUUUCAAUGUGACCCAUAUCUUACAAUAGUGUAAACAGUUUACACUGUGUAACUGAUGAGCAUGCGCUAUAGAACAGCGCUUCACAUGAAGUUUCAGUUUCAUCCUCCCCCAUCACUAGUGAUGCCCCAACACCAGGAGGGUAAAGACUAGCACACGCCUCCUCUGAUACAUAUAAAAUCAGACACCACCUCUUUUUAAACUGCUGCUGAUGCAGCAUUGUCGAGUAGCAUCACAGCGCUAACGCUCGGAGGAAAGCGCAGCGACUCGGUUCUAAUAGACAGACGCAGCCUUGUGCUGAUCCACAUCACCCUAGGAGUGAGGAGGGAAAGAUCGCCAUCUACUGUACACACGCAGAAAGAGCAAGGCCAACUGUGCUCUCUCAGGGCUCAGGCAGGAUUCAAACCAGCGCUCUCCUGAUCAUAGUGGCAGCACUUUAGGCCGCUGGACAACUACAGUGUAGUUUUGACGCAGAAGUAUAAAUUGGCCCUCACUCACUGCUGUCGUCCAUUUUCUUUUUUCUCGUAGCCUUUUUUGUCUUCUUUUUUUCUAUAUUAAAUCUGUAUGAAUUCAGAUUUCUGUACCACAUAUUAAAGCGGCCCAAAUAUAAAGUGGCCAAAAUAUCAGAUUUAGUGUGAUUUUGUGUGUUUUUCACACUGCUGCACAAACUACACAUCUGUGUUACAUACAAAGAAUAAGACCGGAUUUAAGCCACUUUUACCUGCCGUGUGAACAUAGCCAAAUAGAACGUAGAAAAAAGCAAGACAAAUCUAUAAGCUGAACCACCAAUGAAGGAGUUGUUGUGCAAUGAAGUUAUGCUGCAUUCCGUUUAACUCGGAUGUCGAAAGAAAAAUAAAUAUGGGAAUGAUGUCAUGCCAGAGUUGACAAUGUUCAAAUUAGACAAUCAGAUAUUAAAUUAUUAUUAUUAUAUAGCAAAUUAUUUAAAAACCCUGAGAAAAACAGUUAUCAGUUUUAUUGAUACACUAAUAGAUUUAUAUAUACAGCUAUGGAAAAAAUUAAGAGACCACUCACUUUAGUUUCUGGAUCAGUUUCUCUGAUUUUGCUAUUUAUAGGUUUAUGUUGGAGUAAAAUGAACAUUGUUGUUUUAUUCUAUAAACUACAGACAACAUUUUUCUCAAAUUCUAAAUGAAAAUAUAUUGUCAUUGACAGCAUUUAUUUAUUUGCAGAAAAUGAGAAAUGGUUAAAUAAAAGAAAUAUGCAGAGCUUUCAGACCUCAAAUAAUGCAAAGAAAAUAAGUUCAUAUUAUAACGUUUUAAAAGUUCAUAAAUCAAUAUUUGGUGGAAUAACUCUGAUUUUUAAUCACAGUUCUCAUGCAUCUUGGCAUCAUGUUCUCCUCCACCAGUCUUACACACUGCUUUUGGAUAACUUUAUGUCACUCCUGGUAUAAAAAAUCAGGCAGUUCAGCUUGGUGGUUUGAUGGCUUCCUCUUGAUCAUAUUCUAGAGGAUUUAAAUUUGGUAAAAUCAAAGAAACACCAAUUUUAAGUGCUCUCUUAUAUAUAUAUAAGUGACAUUGCCCUGUUGGGUUCUGAACUCGGGGUUAGUGAGGCUCUCCUGGGAGGAAAUCUGACCUCUCCUUUAGAGUUGACUGUAUUACAGUUAAACGAUUAGUUUCCAAAAACAUAGUUAGCUAAAGACUUUGGAGUUUACCACAACUGAUACAUGUCCACAGAUAGAAGGUUUAAUGAGAUGCUAAUAGAUAGAAGUCAUAUUAAACUGUAUAGCACUACUGCUUUUACUACUUCUUGGAUUUUGAGUUCAGGGUUGGUGAGGCUCUCCUGUAUUUCCGAGUAGGAAAUCUAACUUUCGAGGAAACAUGGGGACAUUCGAGUUGAACUAUCCUAUUAUUCAUUCAACUCAGAAAUUCCGAUACCCGAGUUAAAGAGGAACGCAGCAGCAUUAGUUACGCACUUGUUUAUGGAUGUUGGCUGUAUUUAACCUCUUAUUUCACACAGGGCAGCAGACACUUCUGAUCCAGACAGACAGAUGGCCACACGGACUCACACACACAGCUCAUGCCACAUCUGUUCUGACUACUCAGUCUACUACUGUGCACCCUGUUUAUCUGUGUCACACUGUGAACACUUGAGCUAGAGUACAGAGUAUGAAUAGAAUACAGCAAUAUGGGAUGUGUUCCAAUUGUAUACUAAUUACUAAUGCUAACCGCUAACCAUGGUAGUUUUUGUGUGACCGUACCAGUCAAAAGAUUGGACCCACCUAAAAUUCAGUGGGUUUUUUUUUCAUUAUUUUAAAAUAUUCUGAAUUGUAGAUUAAUACUAAAGUCAACCAAAUUAUGAAGAAAAACAUAUAGAGAUAUUUAGUAAACGAAGAAGUGUUAAACAAACCAGAAUAUGUUUUAUAUUUUACAUUCUUGAAAGUAACACCUUUUUAAAGGUAGUCACCUGGAAUUCAGGCUUUCAGUUAACAGCUGUGCUGAACUCAUCAAGAGUUAAUUACUUGAAUUUCUUGUCUCUUAAUAAAGUGUUUGAGAGUUGUAAAGUAGUGAAGAGGUAGAGUUAAAAAUAUCCAUCAGUUAAUUAAAAAAGAGGACUUUUCAAGUGCAAUCACUAUCUGAAACAUGAUGAUGAAACUGGCACUCAUCAGAAACGCCCCUGGAAAGGAGGAGCAAGAGUUACCUCUGUUGUUCAGGAUUAGAUCAUCAGAGUUAACAGCCUUAGAAAAGUUGUUUUUGUCUGUUUAACACUUUUAAGUUACUACAUGAUUCUUUAUGUGUUCCUUCAUAAUCUGGAUCUCUUCACUAUUCAUUAACUAUGUAAGUAAAACGUUAUUGAGAAAGUGUGUCCAAACUUUUGACUGGUACUACUGUAUAAUUAUAUACCUUUAUAGUAUUAGAGUGUAGUACACAAUUGGGACGCGGCCGUGAUGUUACUAGGCCUCAGUGUUCAGAGUUUAAUCACAAUUUUGGGUAUAUCGAUAGCUAUAUCCAUAUAUGAACAGCCACCCAUAUAAAGCUAUCUAGAUCACUUUAUUAUAAACUUAUUAAAUCCCAGUUUCUGAUUGGUUUAAAUGAAGGAUGGCGUUUGAUGUCGAAGCACUUGUGUAUUUCUGUAUCUAAUUUGUUCCCCAAAUAAAGGAAUGGAAUCUAAAUAGUC